AUGUCGUUCGUCGCCCGCAGAGCCGCCUCAACGGUUGCAGCUGCGGCAUCGAGCGCCGCAAAUGCCGCGAAGAAAGCUGCACCAACCGACAACAAAGUCCUGAAAUCUGCCGGCCGACGAGAUCCUGAGCUAUACAUCCUCGCCGCUGUCAUGUCAGGCGCCUUUGGUUUGGCUGGCUUCUACUUUGGCCGCAAACCCACCUCUGCCACAUCUCAAGCCGAAGUGUCGGUGGCUAACAGCUCGAUGCCCUGGCAAGUCGCCCACGAGGAUCACGAUCACGACGACCACAGCAAGCAUUUCAAAUAUCAAUACCACCCACAAGGCGACCGAAGCCAGAACCCCAAGAACGCACCUAGUGCUCUCAACACAGUCGUCAUCCCCAACGUGACGUUACCCAAGGAGCUUCACGACAUGUUCAACAAAUGGGGCAAGGAUGGCUACUGA